CGAAUCGCUGUGUACACUAGGAACAUGGCAGCGCGGUGUCUCUUCACUCGUCAUCACCAGAGAGUAUUCCCUACAUGCCUAUCGAAGUAUGGAAGGGGAUAUACUCUGCGGCGGGGACGGAAGGAUUUAGGGCUGAGGAUGAGGGUUGCUGACAUAACCUCAUCUGCUCCGAUCACGGAAUUUUAUCUCCCCGCGGCGAAGAUAAGUAUUCAUUUGCCCGUCAUCUACAACUUCGGUUCCAAUUCUCUUGUCCGCGCUUUGGCUGUGUGUUUUAUCUUGCUGCUUAAGAUCAAUCUCUGACUCGUCUCUACGUGGACAGCAUUAUGUCCGCAGAAUCCUCUACAAAUGGCACUGCGACGCCCGUUUCAUCGAAGUACAGCAACCUGGCUCUGACCGAGUACUCAACAGUGCCCACGCCUGACUCAGAACAGGAAGAUCGAAAGCAAUUGGGAGUACCACCCGAUUGGGGUAUUCCGGAUGCUUUUUUACUUCCCAAUGGCUAUCCAGAUUAUCUCCGAUUGAUCUUAACAUCCCGCGUUUACGAGGUCAUCAAUGAGACUCCCCUUCAUCAUGCAGUCAACCUUAGCAACCGCUUGGAAUGUCGUGUACUUCUGAAACGGGAGGACUUGCUCCCUGUGUUCAGUUUCAAGCUCCGUGGAGCCUACAACAAGAUGGCACAUCUGAAUCAUGAGCAGAGAUGGAAAGGUGUCAUCGCAUGCUCUGCAGGUAACCAUGCACAGGGUGUUGCUUUUUCCGCACGUCAUUUGAAGAUUCCAGCAACAAUUGUUAUGCCCUCGGGCACCCCGGCUAUCAAGCACCUGAACGUCGCUCGCCUCGGCGGAAGUGUGAUUCUUCACGGAGACGACUUCGAUGCUGCGAAGGCGGAAGCGCACCGCUUAGAGAAGCAGCACGGAUUAACGAGCAUUCCUCCUUUCGAUGACCCUUACGUGAUUGCAGGCCAAGGAACCAUCGGAAUGGAAAUCUUGCGCCAGGCAAACUUGCAGAAGCUGGAAGCUGUCUUCUGCGCUGUUGGAGGAGGAGGAUUGAUUGCUGGUAUCGGAGUCUACCUCAAGCGCAUUGCACCCCAUGUGAAGAUCAUCGGAGUGGAAGCUCAUGAUGCGAAUGCUAUGGCUCAGUCCUUGGAUUCUGGGUCUCGUGUGCUGCUCAAAGAUGUGGGGCUGUUUGCCGACGGUGCUGCUGUGAAGGCUGUUGGAGAGGAACCCUACCGGCUGGCUCGUGAAGUAGUUGAUGAAGUCGUUCAGGUUUCUACUGAUGAGACAUGCGCCGCGAUCAAGGAUGCGUUUGAGGACACCCGAUCUAUCGUCGAGCCGGCAGGCGCCUUGGCCCUGGCAGGUCUCAAGAAAUAUGUUUCCUUGUACCCCGACCCUAACCCUAACCGGGAGCUGGUUGCUAUUACAUCCGGUGCGAACAUGGACUUCGAUAGACUACGGUUCGUGGCUGAGCGUGCUGCCCUGGGUGAGCGGAAGGAGGCGCUCUUGAGUGUGAACAUCCCCGAACGGCCUGGCUCUUUCGCUAGGCUAGUCGAGGUCAUUCUCCCUCACGCGGUCACCGCAUUCAGUUACCGUUAUGCUCGGGACGAAUCUGCCGAUGUCUUUAUGGGUAUCUCCUUGUCUGCCUCUACUGGGCAGAAGGAUCUGACGAAGAUCAUGGAAGAACUGGACAAGGGUGGCAUGAAGGCGAAGGAUUUGAGCGACGACGAGCUUGCUAAGAGACACGUCCGCUUUUUGGUUGGUGGACGCUGCGACGUGAAGGAUGAACGUUUGUUCAUGUUCGAGUUCCCAGAGCGUCCUGGUGCUCUGGCCAAGUUCCUGACCACCCUCCGACCCAGCCAGAACCUCAGUUUGUUCCACUACCGUAACUACGGUGGUGACGUUGGAAAGGUGCUUGCUGGCAUUCAGUGCCCACCAUCUGAGAAGGACCAGCUGGAGGCCUUCCUAAAGGAUCUGGGCUAUCCUUUCAGCGAGCAUACCGACUCGUCCACUUACCACACCUUCCUUCGUUCUUGAAUUACUCCUAAAGUGGGCCAAUCCUUUACGAAUCGUGUGUUGUAAAAUCGGUCGGGACUCAUUUCGGUUGAAAUUUUAGUAUGGCGUUCGGAUGGAGCAUAAAAUUGAUAGAUCUCAAGCUGGUAUUGAUCAGCUUUUCAUAUCAUAUCUUAAUGCAAGACUUUUUUUUCUUCUUUCCUGCUUGCAUC